AUGACAUCAAAUAGGGCUGUCAGCUCUUCUCAGCUGACUCCACCAAGAAUGACAGAAGCAGAAGAGAAAUCCUGCAAUACAUGGAAGAAUAUUAGAAAAUCAUAUGUACAGAGGAAGGUGCCAGUUCGAAAAGUGCCUCAUUUUGUUCCUGACAAAGCACAUGAGAGGAGAGGAACAACAGGCCCUCACAACCCUGCAUAUGCCACCCGAAAGUCAAGGCCAAUAAGCGGUGUCCACACUCGGUCAUAUAGGGACAGAGUGAUUCACCUGCUGGCACUAAAAGACUACAAAAAAUCUGAACUUCUUGUUCAACUGCAAGAAGAUGGCAUCAAAAUAAAUGAUAGCAAUUUUCUUGGAAAAAUUCUGCUGCAGGUGGCUAAUUUGAAUGCCACCACUUUGUCAUAUACUUUAAAAGACAGUAUCUUCAAAGAGGUUCAGAGAGAUUGGCCUGGUUACAAUGAGGAAGACAAGCAGUCAUUGGAUACGGUGCUUUCUAGAAAACUACAUCCAUUUCACAAUGUUACCAAGGCAACCCAUUGCAAAGAAUCAUCUGUAGUUUCUAAAACAGAUGAUGCAUCUUCCUCAAAAGAUCAUUUUCACUACUUAUCUGGUAUUGACACUUUAAUGAAAAACAAAGGUGGACUCUUUCCCCCUAAAUCUUCUCUACCGUUAACAUCAAAUGGCCAAGAAAGUGGUAACAGUGAAAAAUCUAUAAUUCUACCAUUAUCUGCAACUACUACCAAAUACAUCCCUUCACCAUUGCCAACCUCCCAUAUGCCAAUUUCAAAUUCACCACUGCUUAUGAAAUCCAAUCAUAAUGUUUGCAAUGCUCCAGAAAGAUCUGGGACUCAAAAUCCGUGUGACAGCAACAGCCAUGACAGUGGCAUGUUCGAAAGAGAGAAUAAUAAAUGCACUUCUUUGGAAGCUCCAUCCUGUGUUUCAGUUCAAAAAAAGUAUUCAAUACCAAGAGAAAUACAGCAUUUCAUGCCUGAGAAGUUCAAAUGUACAUUUGCAAAGAGAAAAACAACCAUCCCAAACAACAUUAUCAGCAUGAUGGAGAAACAGAAACUAGAAUUUAAAAAACAAGAUGAAAUUAUGAAGUCAAAUUCCAACAAGGAAGUUAAAAAAGUUUUUCCUGACUCGGGGAAGACGUGUUUUACAUCUGAGACUCCAGAUUAUUUGACCAAUUAUUCCAUUAUAGUUUCCCCUGACCAACGCCAGUGUUAUGAGAAGCAAUUCAGGGCAGAUUAUAGUGAAAAGCAGGCAAUGUAUGACAAAAUACAGAUUUCAUGCACACCGAUCAUUAACCUAGAUUCAGAAAGAAAAGCCUUUUCUCCAGGAUCAAAAGAAUACCAAGAUAUUACUAAAAAAAUUUCAGUAGCAUAUCAGAAAAUGCGACAGCUUAAUCCUAAAUUUUGUGAAGAAAAAGAUAGAUGUGUGUUUCUUUACAACAAGCUGGUUCACAUUAAAAAGUUAAUAAAUGAUUUUGACCAGCAAGGAGUAAGUCAACACAUUAAUGGAGGGUUUGGACAAGAAUAA